ACUCGGAACGCGUGCAAGGGAGACACGUGAAGACUCGUGAAUAAACUGGAGGAAGGAAGCAGCUCUCCGGCAAAGGGACGGUUCCAUCGAUUUGUCAUUAAAGUAACCUUGCGGUACCUCCUACCUCCGAAGCCAGACACGCGACACAUUUUUCUGGCGAGCCUUUUUCGCAACGAAUACGUCAUCGCCGCGGACUUCAAUGAACGCUUCUAUGUCUAUUAAUAUAACCGCGAGAAUAGAUCGCAGGGAGCGCCCAUAGAACCGUUUCCGGUUGUUCGAUGGCCCGGAAUUUCUGAAUGACAACGGAAGGGAACCACGAUAGGAGGUUCGCCAAAGAUACAAGACGGAGAACGCGAUCGAACCAGUAAUCACAGACUCGGCAAUUUCCUUGAUGAUUUUUCAAAUCUAUGUCGAAAGGACGAUAGUCCCUUCACCAGACAUCACGUCCGUGUAACAUUAACGCGUCGACAGCCACAUCACAAACCCCGAAAGAUCCCACAACAUCGAAGCAGUUUAGUUAAGAGAACUGAAACUGAAAAGCCGAGGUUGAUUCAAGCGAUUGUUUCUUUGAUUCUCUCGCAUGUUACAAAUCCUAGUAAAAUUUGAUCUGCUCAAAAAGUAGCGUUGCCUGGACAUAUAUAACCGACGCGGCAGUGAACGCAUUGACACAUAGCACAACCGACGCGACGACCGCAGUAGUUUCCUGUAGCUGAACGUCGAUGAGAACGAGCAACGUUUGCCUGUGGUUGUUGGUUCAAUUACGCUGCUCGGUGUACAUGGUUUCCUUGACACGCGUGGUCUUUCGUACGCGAAUCUCGCGUUUAAACUUGAACCGUCGACACUGACACGCUUGUUCCGCCUAUCAGCUUCGGUGAACGUUGCGCCGCUGGAAAGUCGCGUGCCCGCGAUAACGAUCUAUAAACGUGUAUCAGCGGCGAACCGUUUUCGAGACGGGAGCCUCCGCAGACUUCCGGUGUCCUUGCCGUGGUCGCGGUGUCCACCGAAAGCCCAUAAAAGCUGGAAAGCGACGAGGGAUCCGGCACACGGGCAAUACCUGCGCACCUGCGACCAGGUCAAAGCGAUUGCGUAGACCGAAACGUGGCGGUGCACACCAGUGAGAAUCGGGAGCCCGACUCGCUUGCGUGCGGUUCCACCGAAAUAUUUGAAUACCGAAGGAGAACUGCUCGUCCCGUCGACGAGGAACCGUCGUCGACCGUCGCAUCGGCCGUACAGAAGCCGCCGUCGCAAAAGAAUUUUAUGGUACCGAGCCGAGACACCGGUAUAUACGCGAGGACAUGUCCCAUCGCCGAUGCAUUUGAAUACCGACUCACGGAUGCCGGAACCGGCAAGUUAUUUUCAAACGAGUAUCAUGUCCGUUUCACAUUUCCGUGAAGUUUCAUGAAUGGGAAGCUCGAAGGAUGCGACGAUAGGGGAUCGCGUUCCGCUUCGAAAUAGCGCGCCGUGUCAACGCUCUGUCUACUAAUCGCGCGCGCCGGAGUACAAUGUGUCGGUAUGGCAGUGAAAUACUUGGACGGGCCCUUCGUCUUCAGACUCAACGACAACGGUGCGGGACCUCAUCUGCUCGUACAGGUUUGCACGGAACGUGGCUGGAGGGAAUACACUGGCGAUAAUAAUGUAUUCAAAGAUCGAUGGAAUUUAUGGUGGCGGUCCGGUGGUUUCCCGUCGCCUCAUUACAGGCCGUUGCCCUGGCAGUUCGUCAAUAGAAUACCAAAGGGGAGCUCGAUCUGUAGAAAGGACAAUCUCAUCCGACACCUGAGAUGCAUGAAGAAGAUGCACGGCUCUGUCUACGACUUCAGUCCCGCAGGGUACAACUUGCCGUCGGAGUACACGAAGUUCGCGGAGGAAUGCAAUCGUUGCGAGAAAGACGACAGGGUUUGGAUCUGCAAACCGGUCAGUCAGAGCCAAGGAAGGGGGAUCUUUCUGUUUCGCAAGCUGAGCGACCUGACCUACGACAACACGACGGUGGUGCAGAGGUACAUCGAGAAUCCUCUUCUGAUAGGGGGCUACAAGUUCGAUCUGAGGCUGUACGUGUGCGUGCCCUCCUACCGUCCUUUGACCAUAUAUCUGUACAAGGAGGGGUUGACGCGUUUCGCCACGGAGAAGUUCUCGUUGGAACACCUGAACGAUCCUUUCAGACACUUGACCAACUUCUCUUUGAACAAGCUUGGACCGGGGUACGCGGAGAAAAAGGAGCGUGUCGGUUCCGGCUGUAAAUGGACUUUCAGACAAUUGAGAAGGUAUUUCGAGCAGGCCGGUUACUGCGAUUGGUUCCUUUGGCAGAGGAUCGCCUGCCUGGUGAGCCUGACGAUACUGAGCCAAGCGGCGGCCAUACCGAGAUCUUCCAAUUGCUUCGAGUUCUUUGGCUUCGACGUGUUGAUCGACAAGGAUCUGAAACCAUGGUUACUCGAGGUCAAUCUCAGCCCAGCAUUAAGCAACGACUGCGAGAUCGAUUCAGAGGUGAAGAAACCCUUACUGCACGACUUGUUCGAUUUACUGGGUCUUCCGGUGUGCAACACCGGACUCUCCCUGUUCACGAUAUGGUCGACCAGUCGCGUCAACAUCGAAAUCGAAGAGUCUUCCAAGUUUUCUAAGAGCCGAACCGCAAAGAAGAAGUCGAGAACCGGUCGGGAAACCGACGGUUUCGUGAACCUGUGCACAGAUCUCCAACCUACUCUUAGACAAUCAACUCUGCACGAUUGUUCGAAUUCGUGGAAUCGUUACAAUCCUCUGUUGGUGGACAAGUACAUUCCUCGCGGUUUUCGAGGUAACAACUCUGAAAACCACGAUAAAACUUCGGUCUGGGACAAUGGAAAGGACUGGAACACGCCUUGCACCAAAGAAGGUGGAUGGGUCCGCAUUUAUCCGUUGACCAGAGCGCAGCCGAACGAUUCUUCGGACUAUUCGUCGCCCUCGGUUACAGAAUCCUCGCGGGUCGUCGAGAAAGAAGUCAGAAACACGGUUCUUUGUAUACAAAAGUAUCUGAAAGCUGCCAAACAAGUUCAGAAAAAGUCCGAAAAGUACCGAGACGAACAACGCAACGCGAUGCUCCGUAAAGCACUGGAAUUGAGUACCGAAAUAUGGCUGCCAGCAAAGUGAAUAUAGCAAAAUUGUAAAAGACGCGUUCUUUAUCUCUAUCGCGGCUUUGAAGCGAUGUCUCGCACACGAUACACCUUAAUCAUUCUUACGAGCGCAUAUUUAACCGGAUCGUGAUAUUUACACUGAUACAUUUCGUUUAUUACUACAUCGAUACCUUUCCGAUAGCCAAUCGUUAAUAUCGUUAAAAGCUGUUCCUCGAAAGAACACAUCAGAGGUUCAUGAAGGAUCAUAAUAAAUGGGCGUCUUACUUGAAGCGCGUAACAUGUGGAUUGUGGGAAAACAGUGGACAUUUAUUACAAGCCAUGAUGCACCUUAUAUGUGUUCUUUCUGAAAAGAGACCAUAAUAAUAAUUUAAUGAAUGUAUUUACGCUAGACACGUUUCGUUCGACAGGAACAUUUCCGCCUGACUCAUACGGUUCCAACAAGCGCUGCGCGAACGCAAUGAUAGGACGGUGAUAGUUGAAAGGCACGUCUUUUAUUCACCAAGAAAUUCUCGGUUUAUUGAAAGUUUUAUUGAAUAUUUACAUUAAUUCACACCUUUCGCUGCUAACCUCUUGUCGCGUUCUUCAGCGAUUGAUAGCUUAACACCCUUAUCCCUCGGUAAACUAAUGUAGGGCUUUGUACCUCUGCCAAUGAUGAACACGUUAUUCAACCUGCGCAAAGUAA